UUGCAUAUAAGUGUGCAUAUCCCAUGAAUUGCUUGUAAGUACUUCUCCUGCAUUUGAUUGUAUCAGACAAUCUGUGAUUGAAUCCUUCCUCAAAAUUUCCUCAUGGUGUUCAUAUUUCCAACGCUUCUGUCCAUGAAGCUCCAACCACUUUUGCUGCUUCUUGUGAUGUACUUCUGUGCAUUUGCUGCUUCUUCUGAGAUUGCUUCAGAAGCAAAUGCUUUGUUGAAGUGGAAAUCCAGCCUUGACAACCAAAGUCAUGCUUCUCUCUCUUCAUGGAGUGGCAAUAAUCCUUGCAUUUGGCUCGGAAUUGCAUGUGAUGAGUUCAAUUCUGUUUCCAACAUAAAUCUUACAAAUGUUGGAUUAAGAGGUACGCUUCAAAAUCUCAACUUCUCAUUACUUCCAAACAUUCUCACUCUAAAUAUGAGUCACAACUCCUUGAAUGGAACUAUUCCUCCUCAAAUUGGUUCCUUAUCCAAUCUCAACACUCUUGACUUGUCCACUAAUAACCUCUUUGGUAGCAUUCCCAAUACCAUUGGUAAUCUCUCCAAACUCUUGUUUCUUAAUCUUUCUGAUAAUGAUCUCUCUGGUACCAUUCCUUUCACCAUUGGAAAUUUGUCAAAGCUUAGUGUAUUAUCUAUAUCCUUUAAUGAACUCACUGGACCAAUCCCAGCUUCCAUAGGCAACUUGGUCAAUUUGGACUCCAUGCACCUUCAUAAAAAUAAACUCUCUGGGUCCAUAACUUUCACCAUUGGAAAUUUGUCAAAGCUUAGUGAUUUAUAUAUAUCCUUGAAUGAACUUACUGGACCAAUCCCAGCUUCCAUAGGCAACUUGGUCAAUUUGGACUACAUGCUCCUUGAUGGAAAUAAAUUCUCUGGGUCCAUUCCUUUCACCAUUGGAAAUUUGUCAAAGCUUAGUGUAUUAUCUUUAUCCUUGAAUGAAUUCACUGGACCAAUCCCAGCUUCCAUAGGCAACUUGGUCCAUUUGGACUUCUUGUUCCUUGAUGAAAAUAAACUCUCUGGGUCCAUUCCUUUCACCAUUGGAAAUUUGUCAAAACUUAGUGUAUUAUCUAUACCCUUGAAUGAACUCACUGGACCAAUCCCAGCUUCCAUAGGCAACUUGGUCAAUUUGGACACCAUGCACCUUCAUAAAAAUAAACUCUCUGGGUCCAUACCUUUCACCAUUGAAAAUUUGUCAAAGCUUAGUGAAUUAUCUAUACACUCUAAUGAACUCACUGGACCAAUCCCAGCUUCCAUAGGCAACUUGGUCAAUUUGGACUCCAUGCUCCUUCAUGAAAAUAAACUCUCUGGGUCAAUUCCUUUCACCAUUGGAAAUUUGUCAAAGCUUAGUGUAUUAUCUUUAUCCUUGAAUGAAUUCACUGGACCAAUCCCAGCUUCCAUAGGCAACUUGGUCCAUUUGGACAUCUUGGUCCUUGAUGAAAAUAAACUCUCUGGGUCCAUUCCUUUCACCAUUGGAAAUUUGUCAAAGCUUAGUGUAUUAUCUAUAUCCUUAAAUGAACUCACUGGAUCAAUUCCUUCAACUAUUGGAAAUUUAUCAAAUGUCAGGGAAUUAUAUUUUUUUGGAAAUGAACUUGGUGGCAAGAUUCCAAUAGAAAUGAGCAUGCUUACUGCUCUGGAAAGUUUGCAGCUAGCUUACAAUAAUUUUAUAGGCCAUUUACCUCAAAACAUUUGCAUUGGUGGAACGUUGAAAAAUUUUACCGCUGCUAAUAACAACUUCAUAGGCCCAAUUCCAGUGAGUUUGAAGAAUUGCUCCAGUCUUAUAAGAGUCAGGCUUCAGCGAAACCAGCUAACUGGGGAUAUAACAGAUGCUUUUGGUGUACUUCCAAAUUUGGACUACAUCGAAUUGAGUGACAAUAACUUUUAUGGUCAACUAUCACCUAACUGGGGAAAGUUUCGUAGCCUCACAAGCCUCAUGAUCUCCAACAAUAAUUUAUCAGGUGUGAUACCACCAGAACUAGCUGGGGCAACCAAAUUACAACGACUUCACCUGUUCUCAAACCAUCUUACAGGAAACAUUCCACAUGAUUUAUGUAACUUGCCCUUGUUUGAUCUCUCACUCGACAACAAUAAUCUUACAGGAAAUGUUCCCAAAGAAAUAGCAUCAAUGCAGAAACUUCAAAUUUUGAAGCUUGGAUCAAAUAAGUUGUCUGGCUUAAUCCCAAAACAACUAGGAAAUUUGCUCAAUUUAUUGAACAUGAGUCUGAGCCAAAAUAAUUUUCAGGGAAAUAUUCCUUCAGAGCUUGGCAAACUGAAAUCUCUUACGAGUCUUGAUCUUGGUGGAAAUUCAUUGAGAGGAACAAUACCUUCAAUGUUUGGAGAAUUAAAAAGCUUAGAAACACUGAAUCUCUCUCACAAUAAUCUUUCAGGUAAUCUCUCUAGCUUCGAUGAUAUGACGAGCUUGACAUCUAUUGAUAUAUCAUACAACCAGUUUGAGGGUCCACUUCCAAACAUUCUAGCCUUCCACAAUGCUAAAAUUGAAGCAUUGAGAAAUAAUAAAGGCUUGUGUGGCAAUGUCACUGGCUUGGAGCCUUGCUCAACAUCAAGUGGGAAAUCUCAUAAUCAUAUGAUAGUAAUUUUACCCCUUACUUUGGGCAUUCUAAUACUGGCAUUAUUUGCUUUCGGAGUCUCGUAUCAUUUAUGCCAAACCUCAACGAACAAAGAAGACCAGGCUACAAGUAUACAAACUCCUAACAUAUUUGCAAUAUGGAGUUUUGAUGGCAAAAUGGUAUUUGAGAAUAUUAUUGAAGCCACAGAAGAUUUUGACGACAAACAUCUCAUUGGUGUUGGAGGGCAAGGAUGUGUUUACAAAGCAGUGCUGCCUACAGGUCAAGUUGUUGCUGUGAAGAAACUCCAUUCAGUUCCAAAUGGAGAGAUGCUCAAUCUGAAAGCUUUCACAUGUGAGAUCCAAGCUUUGACAGAAAUUCGACAUCGUAACAUUGUAAAGUUAUAUGGGUUUUGUUCACAUUCACAAUUCUCAUUUUUGGUGUGUGAAUUCCUGGAGAAUGGCAGUGUUGGGAAGACCCUGAAGGAUGAUGGACAAGCAAUGGCAUUUGAUUGGUAUAAGAGGGUUAAUGUUGUUAAAGAUGUAGCAAAUGCUCUGUGCUAUAUGCACCAUGAAUGCUCACCUCGAAUUGUUCAUCGUGAUAUAUCAAGCAAGAAUGUUCUUUUGGAUUCCGAAUAUGUAGCUCAUGUCUCAGAUUUUGGAACAGCCAAGUUUCUUAAUCCAGAUUCAUCCAAUUGGACCUCAUUCGUAGGAACCUUUGGAUAUGCUGCUCCAGAACUUGCAUACACAAUGGAGGUGAAUGAGAAAUGUGACGUGUAUAGUUUUGGGGUCCUAGCAUGGGAAAUACUUAUUGGGAAGCACCCUGGUGAUGUUAUAUCUUCUUUAUUGGGAUCAUCUCCAUCUACUCUUGUGGCCUCAACACUCGAUCACAUGGCAUUGAUGGAUAAGUUGGACCAACGUCUCCCUCAUCCAACAAAGCCAAUUGGUAAGGAAGUGGCAUCAAUUGCAAAGAUAGCAAUGGCCUGCUUGACUGAAAGUCCACGAUCUCGCCCUACCAUGGAGCAGGUUGCCAAUGAGCUGGUAAUGUCAAGCUCAUCUUCAAUGGAUUAGCUCUACAUUGUCACUUAUAUAUAGCUGAAAGAUUGAACUUAAUAAACAUGCUUGAGUUUUAAUUGUUCUUUUCUAUUUUUGUAUUGUAUCUUUUUUUUUAUAUUGUAGAUCAUUUUAUUUUA